CACGGGAGGAAAAGAAGAGAGGAGAACAUUUAUUUUACGCCAAGAGUCCGACAAACAGUGCAGAAUCGGGACUGGCCACUUUUUUUUUCUUUGGAGGGUAAGGGGAGUGGGGGGGGGGGGGAUUCUCACAUGAGGCAAUCCGGAUCCGUUUUGUACAGCGCAGCGCGCACUGCCACGUCUUUUCAAUGGAUUUCUUUACAGUGGAAGUACCGUGGGAAUCAAACUACUGAUAAGUUGCUUUUAGCCGGCGAGUUUCUGUCCAACGAGGGUUCGUGUUUGAUAAGAAGAGCAAGACGAUGAUCCUCCAAGUGCUCUACGUCCUUCUGCCUCUUUUGGAUGUGUUGUCACACGCGGAGGAGAGCGCGCGUGCCGGCGCCCCGCGGCUGGACUGCGUGAGGGCCAACGAGCAGUGCCUGAAGGAGCAGGCGUGCAGCACCAAGUACCGCACGACGAGGCAGUGCGUGGCCGGCGGCCAGGAGAGCAACUUCAGCAUGGUGGCCGGCCAGGAGGCCAGGGACGAGUGCCGGAGCGCCAUGGACGCGCUGAAGCAGAGCCCGCUGUACCACUGCCGGUGUAAAAGGGGCAUGAAGAAGGAGAAGAACUGCCUGCGCGUCUACUGGGGGAUCUAUCAGACGUUACAAGGUAACGACUUCUUGGAGGAUUCUCCGUACGUACCCAUGAACAGCCGCCUGUCCGACAUCUUUCGCCUGGCUCCCAUCAUAGUUGCAGAUGUUUACGAGCCACCGAUCCCUGCAGGAGGAAACGGAGAGCUGUAUUCUGAGAUCCAAGUGGACUUUGAAUUACCGGCCCGCCGCUUUGGCGCCGUGCUGCUGGAGAACCACAGCGGCGUAGGAGAUGAAUGA